UGCUUCGGACUCGGCAGCCUUGGCUGGUCAAUCGAAAUUGAAGAUGAGAGGUACGAGCCGGAGAACAGAGUGUACUCCGCCAUCAUCCAGCACGCGGCGGCACUAACAAUUGCCAAAGUUAUUGGCAAUGGGCUGGGUGUUGGUGGUUUUACUGUCUUUUGCCAGGAUCCAAUUUACAAUGAUACUGACAAGCGUCUGCUCGCCAAAGCCGUGGGUGGCCGUGGCAGCCUCGGGUUUACGUAUAUCGAUGAGAAUACCGUGGUGUUUAGCUGCCACCUCAACAUUCCGGUAAAGCAAGUGGCUGCCGACCUCCACCUCUACGAGUACCUAAGGGACAUCAGUCACAUAGACAUGACGAAGGCCCCGAGUUCGAUAGUGACGCCCUUCUUGAGGACGAAGAAUCGGCAAUCAUUUCAUCAGUUAACAAGCGGGCAGCUUUUCUUCAUUAGGGGCCAAAAACUAGUGCACCCGCCGGAGCAUUACACCCUCGUCUGGUUAUGCGGAACAAUCAUGGAUUCCCCGGGAGCAGGAACCCAGAAGUGCCAAUCCUACGAGACGGACCUUACAAGCAGUCGAAGAACACGCAUGGGAGAUGCUUGCUAUACUCCGAAGGGCAGCGUUACCAGGCCGUCCUUUACAUUUGGGCCAACCCACUGGAUUCAACGACUU